AUGUCAGUGCCGAGAGACUGGAUCGACAAUUUGCUCGGGCUCGACAGAGAUCCACGAACACUCCAGUGGUGGAUCACGGGAAUAAUUCCCAUUCCCGCCGUGCUCGUGGCCUACACCGCCGCGGCGACGGUUUUGCCCUUAUUGAUGAGUGGUCGCAAGUCCCGACUGCCGAUCUCAACUCCAGUGCUCGCGGCUUACAAUGGACUCAUGUGUGCAGCUCACGGAUUAGUUGGCCUACUGCUGCUCUACGCUUACCAAGAGUCGGGACGUUCCUUUGUGUGCCAAGACCAGUCGUUCGACGCGAAUCCGACGUCGGCCCUCCUCCUGAAGCUCGUGUGGUUCUAUUCUCUGCUGAAACAGCUGUCGAUGCUCGACGCCUUCAUCUUGAUAUCUCUGAUUAAAGAAAAACGCAUCGCCAACGCAAGUGUACUCAACGGAUACCUCAGCGUGGCGAAUACGUGGUGCUUCUUACGAUACGGUGCCGACGGUCAGGGUGUGCCUGCGAUCGUCGCUCUGUGCCUCGUAGACUCAGUGACGUACGGAUACUUCGUGUGUUCGGUUCUGGGAUCAGGUGUGAUGUCGGUGCUUCGACCCCAUCGGGUGCAGCUGACCCGGCUCCAACUGAUCGGAACAUCCCUAGCCCUGGCUAAUUAUUUCGUAGCGCUGAUUGCCGAGUGCAAAUACCCCUCGGUUCUGGCUUUGCUCGGAUUCGCUCACGUAGGAAUGCGUUUCGUGAGGCUCUUCGACUUCUACACAGAGAAGUUUGUGCUGAAUGGAGUCCGGCUUGGCCUCGACUGGACCAUCAUCGCGGGAAUUCUCGAGAACUGCUGCUUCGCGCAAGGAAACCCCAGCGGUCAGCAGGACGACGAUGACGACUAUCCAACGAAAGCUGCGCCUUCAACCGGUUUCCGUAACGGAUUCAGCGGUCCGAUCACGAAACCCAAGCGGGGCUAG